AUGAAGAAGAUCAUGAAACUCUCUGCAAUAACAAUGAUGGUCACUCUUAUUGUUCUUGCUUCUAGUCUUGUCCAGGCGAGGACUGUGCCGAAUCAAGACUUGGAAACAGAGUCCAUUUCUCUCCCAUCACCACAACAGGAUCCGAAGGAAUCGGUGGAGCAAAUUUGGCCACCCCUUAUGUAUUGCCCACCUGAACUUCAUAGUAGAUGCAUAUUCCCACCCCCAGUGCAGGAUCCCAAGGAAUCGGUGGAGCAAUUUUUCCCACCCCUUAUGUAUUGCCCACCUGAGCUUCAUGGUAGAUGCAUAUUCCCACCCCCAGUGCAGGAUCCGAAGGAAUCGGUGGAGCAAAUUUGGCCACCCCUUAUGUAUUGCCCACCUGAACUUCAUGGUAGGUGCAUAUUCCCACCUCCAGUGCAAGCUUAA